ACACACACACACGAGCAGCCAUCACGUCCUGAUCCUAGCUCAAAUCCCCACUGUCCGGUCACGUGACCAGGGGAUGAUCUGAAUUACUGCUGAGGCACGGAGGAGCACAGCACACUGACUCAACCCUGAGAUCUCAACACACGACGCACUGGAUGCUUUCACUCUGAAUACCGCACUGCAAACCAGCGCCAUUACAUCUCUGACAGGCCUGUAUGAAAUAGCUGCGCCUUGUUUUGAAGCAGAAAGAUGAUUUCGCCGUGGGAUAGAUGGUACACGACGAGCUGCUGCCUGUGUUGUCAUGUACGGACGGGCACCAUUAUCCUCGGCGUCUGGUACAUGCUCAUCAACGCUGUGGUCCUGCUAAUCCUACUGUCUGCUCUAAACGACCCAGUGCAGUAUCACUACCACCUCACCAGUGCCGAACUUGGCACAGACUUGGAUGUCAUGGAUGACGCAAACAUGUGCAUCGCUGCUGCAAUUUCCCUCCUGAUGAUUUUGAUUUGUGGGAUGGCGACCUACGGUGCUUAUAAGCAACAUGCUGCUUGGAUUAUUCCAUUUUUCUGCUACCAAAUCUUUGACUUUGCCCUUAAUACCCUGGUAGCAAUAAGUGUCAUGGUCUACCCGAACACCAUUCAGGACUACCUUGAGCAGCUGCCUGGGACCUUUCCAUACAAAGAGGACUUAAUGUCCACCAACAACAUAUGCCUAGUGUUUGCAGUACUUACUUUCAUCGGCUGUAUUCUGGCCUUUAAGGCUUACCUGAUUGCCUGUGUGUGGAACUGCUACAGAUAUGUUAGUGGAAGAGGCACCACAGAGGUCUUGGUUUAUGUCACCACUAAUGAUACAACAGUGCUACUCCCAUCCUAUGAAGAGGUUGUCGCGAUUCCGCCGAAGGAGCCGCCCCCUGAGUAAAUCUCAGCGUGACACCGAUGUCUUCUCCCUGAAUAUCCUCCAAAGAAAAGAUUUUUCCGUCAGUGUUUCAUAUUUCCCCACUCGAGCCUUCCACUUUUUACUCUGUGACGUCUCUAUCCUUUGCUCUCUGAAGGCAGAAGUGUGGCUUGCUCUUCCCUCUGCAAGUCUUCACAGCCUUCCUGGCAGACCAGUGCCGUGUGUCAACUCCAAUUUGGAUUUGCACGUUCAGCAUUCAGUGAUUAUGCACGGCACUGACCUCCCCCUUUUUUUAAAUACUGUGAACGUCUCAGCACUGCUGUCGGUUACUGAAAAUACCUGACAUUUAAAUGUGGCAGGUGAUAAUAAACACGUGAGUUACUUAAGAGCACUUUCUGACUGGCAGUUUUCCCAGGAACCUGAUGAAUGUGGCAGCCAGGGUAAUAUAUAUUAUAUCAUAUUAUAUAUCCAUCGUUAUAUUAACACUGAAUUGGGAGAAAUCUUUCAAAAGAUCCCGAAAGACCAGUCUACAACAUCUUAAACAGGUUUAUACCAACACUAGGCAAUAUUUAAUGCAAUUUCAAAGUUACUAAUAAAGAUACAUUUCAAAUAGUUUUGCAAGUAUUCCAAAUUGAAGAUUAGAAAAACAUAUACAUAUAUACAUAUACGUUAUGUAUAUAUGUGUGUGUGUGUGUGUGUGUGUGUAUAUAUCUAUCUAUCUAUCUAUAUAUAUAUAUAUAUAUAUAUAUAUACACACACAAUAUAAUAUACAUGUACUAUACUGUAUAUAGUUGCAGUUUAAUGAAAAACAUGGAUACAAGUUUAAAUGUGAAAGUAAUCUAGUCAUUUUCACAUUAUCUUCAUUAUCUUUCAUUUAAAAUAUCUGAAUGUGGCUAUUUCCCACACUGCCCUGUACUGCUGUUUUUUUUUUUUUUGAAAACCAUAGAUCCAGUGGCUACCAGUCAUAUGCAGAGUCGCCACAUUAUUUUUGCACAUAAGUCUUAAUAAUUCAUGUUGUAAGUUCUCUGAUAGUUAGUGAAGGAAAGUUAGACUGUAUGUAGCACGGUAAUGUAGUGUUGUUAUUACACAGCCCUGUAAUGGGUCUGAAUAUGAGUGACAUGAAAAAAUCUCCUGAAGUCUUCCCUAGCUUAAUUUCUGCUUAAGAGCUAUGCAAUAACUAUGCAGAAUUAUAUUCAACUGUCCUACAUUUCAACACAGAGCACUUUAGUAUCGAUGCCUUAAGUGAAGCCUGCAGACGUUCACUGCUCUGUGCUCUGGUUAUAUUAUUUCCCCAGAAUCGGCAUUUUCCACUUGCCAGUUAUUUAGGAUAUGUUCACUUUUCUAGAUGAUUUCUGUCAUUAUUCAUAGAAGGAAACUUGCUGAUUAGUAAAUGACAAUGAAAACGGGACAAAAAUCUUACAAAACUACCAACAAUCUAGAUAAACCAAAGUUUUGACAUGGUCGCUACAUUUUUAUACAUUAAAUACGUUGAUCAUGCAAUCUCUCCGAGCUCUUAAACUAUAUAAAGCAGUGUCAGGAUGUCUGUCUGCUCCAGUUAAAGUAUUCCAUACGAAAGAGCUUUGGGUUGAAAUAUAGUCAAAUAUCGCUAUGAACAACCUGCAGUAACCAUGUUUGCUGUUUUUCUAAUCAUGAAUCAAAUCGUUAUUCAGAUUCGAUCAUUUUGUCCUGUGAAGUGUUUAGGUUCCUAAAAUCUAACAUUAUAACCUGAUCCAAUCAAUCACCUUCAUUUUCUGUGUGUAAUAUGUUUGCUUAGAGGAAAAAAAAAACAAGUCAGUUCUGAAAUUUCUUACUGGUUUUUACUGUUGGUCAUAUGUUUUGUCUGUGAUUGAGGUGAUUCGAACUUGAUGUUCUAUCAGCUGCAAUAUUUGUACUGAACAGUUCUUAAAAUUAAAAGAAUCUCAUGUUGA